AUGUAUAAAAGACCUGAAGGUAUAGAGAAUUGUCGUAUUUGGAUCGAUGGGUGUUUUGACUUUGCUCAUCAUGGACACGCUGGUGCUAUGUUGCAAGCCCGUCAAUUGGGUAAAGAGUUGUUUGUUGGGGUUCAUAGUGAUGAGGAAAUCUUGCUCAAUAAGGGACCGGUUGUGAUGAAAUUGGCAGAAAGAAUAACUGCAGUGGAUGCAUGUAAAUGGCUGACUCAAUCAGUUCCCGGGGCACCUUAUGUUACUGAUCCAAAAGUAAUGGAUGAAUACGGAUGUAGGUACGUUGUUCACGGAGAUGAUAUUACUACUGAUGCAAAUGGAGAAGAUUGUUACCAAGUGGUUAAAGAUUUAGGUAAAUUUGUUGUUGUUAAAAGAACUCCUAAUAUUUCCACCACUGAUUUAGUAGGAAGAAUGUUAUUGAUGAGUACUAGUCAUCAUUAUAAUCCAAUUGAUAAGAAUUUCAAGGCUCUGCAUCCACUUUGCAAAGAUCAAGAAAAAAUUGAUAAAUUUGCUGCUUAUGCCAGCGAUGAACUGGGAUUGAAAAAGAAUAGCGCAGUUUAUGCUUACGCUGGGGAUGAAUUAAUCACUCUUGUUGAGCCAUCAGAGACAAAAUUGAAGCAAUACCAGUCAAUUGUGUAUAUUGAUGGUGGAUUUGACUUAUUUAACCCCGGUCAUAUCGAAGCAUUGAAAAUCGCUAAAGAAAAAGCCGGUACUUCUGCAAUUAUUGUUGGUCUUCAUGAUGAUUUGGCACUUAAUCAGAACAAAGGAUUAAAUUAUCCCAUAAUGAACUUAUUUGAAAGAUCAUUGUGUGUAUUACAGUGUCGUUACGUUGAUGGGGUUGUAUUAGGUGCUCCCUAUAUUCCAAAUAUGGAAUUUUUGAAUAAAUUACCGGGCAAGGUUAAUGCGGUUUUCCAUGGUCCUACUCCAAUCAAUAAUAAAGUAUAUAAUGAAGUUGAAUCAAUUUUCCAAGAAAUUGGGCCUCAUAAAUUUGAUGAUAUGAAUACCAAAUUUAUUGUUGAUCGGGUAUUACAAAAUAAAGAAGCUUAUGAAGAAAGACAAAGAAGAAAAGGAUGGAAAGCUGAACACGAAUCCAAAUUAGAAGCCGUAGAAAAGAGUAGUCACUAA